AUGAACACGUUACCAUCGAUGGACCGGCACAUCCAGCAGACCAAUGACAGGCUGCAGUGCAUCAAACAGCACUUACAGAACCCGGCCAAUUUCCACUCGGCUGCCACGGAGCUGCUCGACUGGUGUGGAGAUCCCCGGGCCUUCCAGCGACCUUUCGAGCAAAGUCUCAUGGGAUGUCUGACGGUGGUGAGUCGUGUGGCUGCUCAGCAGGGGUUUGACUUGGACCUGGGCUACAGGCUGCUUGCUGUUUGUGCUGCCAACCGGGACAAAUUCACUCCUAAGUCUGCCGCCCUGUUGUCGUCUUGGUGCGAGGAGCUGGGCCGUCUCCUCCUGCUGCGUCACCAGAAGAACAGGCAGAACGAACCACAGGGAAAAGUCCCCAUGCAGCCCAGCAUGAACAGCAUGAAGCCCGGCCUCACACACAGUGAUGGAUCCUUUCCCUAUGACUCAGUCCCCUGGCAACAAAACACCAACCAGCCCCCUGGGUCAUUAUCUGUGGUUACAACAGUGUGGGGCGUGACCAAUACUUCACAGAGUCAGGUGCUGUGUAACCCUAUGGCGAACAGCAAUAACCACAUGAAUCCCGGGGGUAACCCCAUGGGGUCAGGUUUGUCCGCCAGCGCAGCAGGGCUCAAUUCACCCCAGUUCAACACUCAGCAGCAACAGUUCCCAAACAAAGGAGGUUCCAGCCAGGCGUACAUGCAGCAGGGCAUGUACGGCAGGCCUGGCUACCCUGGCGGUCCCGGGGGAUACAGCGGAAGUUACUCUGGAGGCCCAAACGCUCCACCAGGAGGAAUGGGAAUGACCACCCACACACGUCCUCCGAGUGACUUCACACCGCCAGCUGCUGCUGCUGCAGCUGCAGCUGUUGCUGCCGCUGCUGCCACGGCAACGGCCACAGCAACGGCCACAGUGGCAGCUCUGCAGGAAACGCAGAACAAAGAUAUGAACCAGUAUGGACAGAUGUGUCCAUCAUUCCAAAUGGGCCCGGCUCCAGCCUACAACAGCCAGUUCAUGAAUCAGCCAGGCCCUCGAGGCCCCCCUGGAGGAAUGAAUCCAGCCAGCAUGGGAUCAGGCAUGAGCAACCCCAAUAUGAGCGGGCCUCCGAUGGGAAUGAGCCAGCCUCGAACUCCAGGCAUGGCGCCUUUUGGAGCUCACAGCCAAAGGAUGCCUCAGCAAGGGUAUCCCGGAGGGCCCCGACAGGGCAUGCCCAUGCAGGGCAUGAAGAGGCCGUAUCCCGGGGAGGGAAGUUAUGGAGGUCAGCAUUAUGGGCCAAACAGCCAGUUCCAGCCACAGCAGGGCCAAUAUCCCACAUCAAAUGCAUCCAGGCCCCUGCCCUCUCCUAACUACCCCAGCCAGAGGAUGCCAGGGCAGCAGGGCCAGGGUCAGUACCCCUCUGGCAUGCCCAUGGGCCAGUACUACAAGCAAGAGCCCUUUAACGGUCAGAACACCAACUUCUCUGGAGGGGGAUACUCGUACGGCCAAGGCAACGGGCCCCCCAGGCCCGGUAACUACCCCCACUCCCCAGUCCCCGGAAACCCUACACCUCCUAUGACCCCAGGAAGCAGUAUUCCUCCGUAUCUGUCGCCAAACCAGGAUGUGAAGCCUCCUUUUCCACCUGACAUGAAACCAAAUAUGACAGCACUUCCGCCCCCUCCAACUAACCCCAAUGAGGAACUGCGGCUGACGUUCCCUGUCAGGGACGGCGUUGUGCUGGAACCUUUUCGCCUGGAGCACAACCUGGCUGUGAGUAACCACGUCUUCCACCUGCGACCGUCCGUGCAUCAGACCCUCAUGUGGAGGUCGGACCUCGAGCUUCAGUUUAAGUGCUACCAUCACGAAGACAGGCAGAUGAACACCAACUGGCCGGCCUCCGUCCAGGUCAGCGUGAACGCCACGCCCCUCACCAUCGAAAGGGGGGACAACAAAACCUCCCACAAGCCCCUGCACCUGAAGCACGUGUGCCAACCGGGGAGGAACACCAUCCAAAUCACCGUCACCGCCUGCUGCUGUUCCCACCUGUUUGUGCUUCAGCUGGUCCACAGGCCAUCUGUGCGCUCCGUCCUCCAGGGGCUCCUGAAGAAGAGGCUGCUUCCUGCAGAACACUGCAUCACCAAGAUUAAGAGGAACUUCAGCAGCGUGGCGGCGUCGGCGGGCAACACCACCCUAAACGGGGAGGAUGGCGUGGAGCAGACAGCCAUUAAAGUCUCGCUGAAAUGUCCCAUCACCUUCAGACGCAUCCAGCUGCCGGCACGAGGGCAUGACUGCAAACACGUGCAGUGCUUUGAUCUGGAGUCUUACCUGCAGCUUAACUGUGAGAGGGGGACAUGGAGGUGUCCUGUGUGCAAUAAAACAGCAUUAUUAGAAGGACUUGAGGUGGACCAGUAUAUGUGGGGGAUACUCAAUGCCAUCCAAAAUUCAGAGUUUGAGGAGGUCACUAUAGACCCCACAUGUAGCUGGCGACCUGUCCCCAUCAAAUCUGAGCUACACAUCAAAGAGGACCCAGAUGGACCUCUGGCCAAGCGCUUUAAGACCAUGAGCCCGAGUCAGAUGACCAUGCCCAAUGUAAUGGAGAUGAUCGCUCAGUUAGGGCCAGGUCCUGGUCCCGGGUCUGGGCCUGGACCAGGACCAAGCCCCUACCCGGCUCACCCUGGUCAGCAUGCUGGUGGCAACGGGGGAGAUUAUCACGGAGCAGGUAACAGUUACCACAGCCAAGGGAGCUUUGACUUCCCUCACGGGAACCCUUCUGGUGGUGGGGUUGGAGGAGGAGGAGGAGGUGGAGGAGGUCCUCCUAUGAAUGACUUCAUCCAUGGCCCGCAGCUCUCCCAUCCCCCAGACGGGCCCGGUGGUCUCCUCCCGCAGGACAAGCCUCUCAGCCACGGCAUGAACGAUCCAAUGUCCCAUUCAGAUCAGUCCCAUAACUCCAUGCAGCCGAGUUUGCAUGCGUCUCCCCACCCCGGCAGCCAAUCAGGGCAGCCCUUACAUCACAGUGGCCAGUCAGGGCAGCCCUUGCAUCACAGUGGCCUGUCAUCGCAGCCGCCUCGCCAGUCGCAGCCACAGCCUCAGCAUCCCGGCCAGAACAGUCACCCACACAGCGAUCUGAACUUUAACCCCUCCUCAGAUGGGCAGAUGGGUCAGGGGGCCCAGGAUAUGCCCGAACCCUCCCUGGAUUUGCUUCCGGAGCUGGCCAACCCCGAAGAGCUACUCUCUUACCUGGACCCUCCUGACCUCCCCGCAAACAGCAACGAUGACCUUCUCUCCCUUUUCGAGAACAACUAGCCCUCUCCUGCCCUCUCACAGUGCCCUCCCGCACCCGGAGGAGUGACGAUGUGCUCGACCGUCCGUCCACAGAUAGCCUCCUGUCGACACCUCAAGCAGCGUCCCGCGCUCCGGCGCGCACGUGAACUGUUCCUCAGUAGAUGAUGUGCGUGGCUUUGGAGCGCAGGCGUGGGGGAACUUCAGAAGGAAGGAAACAGGACUGCCACUCAUCUCUACACUCCCGUUAUUCCUGUGUAAAGAUUCAACGCACCAGUCCUACCACCUCUGGUGGAAAAGUCACCAUGUAUAGCCAUGUUGGUUGGCAUCAAAGUAUAUAUCAUACACACACCCGUGUGUAUAUAAACACAUCUGAUAUUUGUGACUUUUCAACUCAAAACUGUGCAGCUAUAAUCAUAUAUAUAUAUAUAAAUAUAUAUAUGUGUAUGUGUGUGUGUGUGUGUAUAUGUAUAUAUAUACACAUACAUACAUACAUAUAUAUAACACAGGCCCUUUGUUGGCUCUAGGAAGUGG